AUGAAUAAAGCUAGCGGGCCAAACGUGCCACUCGGUCUGCAUCCGUCAAGCACAUCUAGCUCUCUUAGCAAGGUGUUUGCUGUGUUAUCUGUACUUGCGCUGUGCAUGUGGCUUCUGGUGGGUCAUCGUGCAGCAGACACUCGGCUUGCUAUGGACACAGUACCGCUGCAAGACGUGUGCCCACAGGAGCCUGCUUACAACGUCACGGAGGCCCUCGAAGGGCUAAAGCUUCAAUUCCCUUCCGUGCUGCACUCGGCCAAACUUCUCAGCGAAGCCGUGCAAAUCGACACGACUGUGGGUGACAACAUACCUGACACGGAUGACUGGGCUGAGUAUUGGGACUCGAUCUUCUCGCCAUUUGCCGACUGGAUCCAGACGUCAUUCCCCCACAUGCACGAUACAGCCUCACCGGUAAGGCGCGAGCUUGUGAACAAGCAUGGGCUCUUAUACACUUGGCCAGGCUCCGACCCAACGCUCAAGCCUAUUGUUCUCAUGUCGCACCAAGACGUUGUGCCUGUGGCGAACGAGACGCUGGAUCAGUGGAUUCACCCACCCUUCUCUGGCCACAUUGAUAUCGAGAAUCAGACCGUUUGGGGCCGUGGCUCCGUUGACUGCAAACUCUGGCUUGUCUCGACGAUCUCGGCCGUCGAGACGCUGGUCAAGUCUGACUUCAAGCCCAAGCGGACCAUCAUUCUGAGCAUUGGGCACGACGAAGAGUCUGACGGUAAACAUGGUGCUCAGCAUCUCUCUGCCGAGCUUGAGAAGCGAUUCGGACGUGGUGGUAUCGGCAUGAUUGUGGACGAAGGCACACCGCUUUUGUCCUCAGCCGACCCAGGUAGCUAUGGUGUUCCUAUCGCCGUGCCAGCUGUGGCUGAGCGUGGCGCUAUGAACAUGAAAAUCACCAUUACAUCUCGUGGUGGACAUUCGUCCAUGCCGCCGCCUCACACGUCCAUUGGCAUCAUGUCGCUGAUCAUUGCCAAACUGGAAGCCCAUCCGUUCCCCGACGUUCUGGGCGACGAGUCCAGUGCAUCCAUCCGGCAGCUGCAGUGCGUCCGCGAUGGCCCGUAUAUGCCUUAUGAGCUUCGUCAGGCGCUUCUCAAGGUCGAGCAGGCGGAGCGCGCGUUGUCGGACAAGGGCACCACAUCGUGCAUGCACCACAUGUGGCCCAGGAUGAACCGGCUGCACCUAAAAGAGGCGCGCCUCGACGAAGCACGGACGCAGCUGAUGCAGGCACUCGACUAUGCCUCGCGUCAGCUCCUUAAGACGACGCAGGCCAUUGAUAUUGUGCGCGGAGGUAUCAAGGUCAAUGCUUUGCCUGAGUCGGUUUUUGCUUAUGUGAACCACCGUAUUGCUCCUUACGCCAAGGUCAGCACUGUUGUGCAGCAUUACAAGGACCUUCUUGUGCCUUUGGCCGAGCAGUACCGAUUGGCCUUGUCGAUGGAUGAUGACGUCCUCGUCCCACCAACAAACGCUACGACAGCCAACGUCCAAAUUGAAAAGUCGGGUCUGCUGUACGAUUCACACGAGCCGUCUCCCUUUGAGGGCUCGAAUGCAGAUGCAUGGCGACUGCUCUCUGGCGUGAUCCGUGAAACAUGGCACACAGAUGAGCCACGCCAUGAGCUGCGCUCUUUGGACGACGAUCACGUCCCUAAGCACAACAUGGGCCAAUACAAGGAUCCUGUGCGUGUCUCGCCCUCCAUCAUGUUCGCCAACACAGACACGCGCUGGUAUCACAACCUCACGAGCAAUAUUUUCCGGUUUGGUGCCAUGACACUGCAUCCCGAUCUCACGGGUAUGUCGCCAUACCUUCACAUUCACACGGUGAACGAACAUGCGUCGAUUGACUCGAUUGUCAAGGCAACCCAAUUUUACGCCAAUAUGCUGGUCGCCGCGAAUCACGAGCCGAUUGAAAGGGUAUAA